AUGGGACGAGGGCGGCCGCCAAAAAAAAAAUCGGUGCCUCUACCACCAUUAUCGCUGGUGGUCUCUACUCCGGUGUCUCAAUCGGUUUUGCGAAGCCACAAUGUCAGCAAGAAUCUCAGCACAGAGGAAAAUGUGGGAAUCAAGUACCUUGGAGAAACCUCAGAUGCUCCGGAAGACGGAAGCAUUGCGAAGAAGAGUAACGAAAUUGAACUGGAAAAACCUAGGUCAACUCCAACUCCUGAAGAAGGGCGAAAGCUAUGGGCUGAUGUGUUGAAAGACAACAGGAAUCCGGCGAAAGGUCGUGUUAUGAAGUUCAUACCCCCUCAAGUCGUGGAAGGGAAAAUCGAGGUUCAAAUUGAGGAAGAUGAUGUCAGCUCUGAAAUCAAGUUCUGGGAAUCUUCGCUGAUUCUUUAUGCUAUGGGAGCGGAUUUGAGUAUGAAUGCGGUCAAGAAUUUUAUGACCAGAACUUGGAAUUUUGUUCAACUACCGGACAUGUAUUUCAAUGAUGAAGGGCAUUUCAUUCUCCGGUUCAAAUCAUUCACAGAUCGAGACGAAGUUAUGCUGAGAGGACCGUACAUGUUAAGAAACAUUCCUUUGUUGAUUCGUGAAUGGAGGCCAGAUUUCAAGAUCAAGGAUGAACUCUUAAGAACCUUACCUAUUUGUGUUAAACUUCCCCAACUCCCUAUGGUGUUGUGGGGUGAUACAAGCCUGAAUAAGAUUGGGAGUGCCCUAGGUAAGCCUAUUAUGACAGAUGAAUGUACUGCAAACAGAUUGUGA